AAGAGAGGAUGGAAGAUAGAUAUUGACAACAAUGAAACCAGACUCUUUUUUCAAGUGAACCAUCCAGACCUUAUCAAAGAGGUCUGUGACAUGGCCAAGAAGGGUGUCCUGAGCCAAGAUGUCCUUUCAUAUAUGCUCUCUACAGUUGAUCUGGAUCUCUACAUCAACAAGUCAAAUGAUGGGUUUGGGGCGAAGAAACAAGAUGAAAAAACUUGUUAUGCAAAUGCAUCUGCCGCUGUUUUACACCUUGCCAUGAAGCGCAUCAUAGAGCGAGAUGGCGGUUAUCCAGAUUUCUUUGAAGUGAGGCGUGAAUUGAUUGCUAAAUAUGGAGAGCACGGAGCCACAACCAAAAGAGUUCUUGAAGAAGUUUGUCCAAAGUAUCGUCUGAAGUGCAAAGAGGUAGAUGCUAUUGAUGCUAUGAAAGCUGUCUCUGAAAAAAGACCAGUGGUUGCAAGAUUUUCUCUGAGUGGAGCCCAGUGGGAUCAGUUCUACCAGUUCUAUGAGCAAAAUCCCAAGGGAAUCCUUACAAGAUCCUACCUUGAUUCAAAGCAUCACCCUACAAGCAGCCGUGGUGGCCAUGCAGUAGUUCUGACAAGUUAUGAUGCCGAGAGCUUGCGUCUGAUGAAUUCAUGGGGGGAUGACUGGGCAGACAAUGGGUUCUUCAGGGUGCAGAAUGCAAAUGUCCUACCAGGCCUAAAAUUCUUUGACGUGUUCUGGACUUCGGACGACUUAAGUCCAGAAGAAAAGAGAGUCAAAAAACAGCAUGGUCCUAAAAUUGCUGCCAAAUUGAUGAGAUCACUGAAAGGAAUUCAGGCAGCCAAAUACAAGUGUCCCUUAUGCACUGUUGAAUCAAAAGUAGUGGAUUACUCUGGCCAUCUACUGGGAGCAAAUUGUCCUUCAUGCAGAGGAACUUUCAAUGCCAAUGAUGCAGGUGGUGACUUGGCAUUAAAUCUAUAUCUGACAUCAUUGAUGCACUAGGUGCUUCUGACUGUUGAAGUACAGUCAACUUACUCUCAGUCAAAGGGAUAUAUAAACCUGACAGACUUGGCCAUCAGCAGAGAGUGGCUAUGUAAAGAAUGUAAUAUUUAAGGGCUAAAAGUAGGGCAAUAAGUUCUAGAUAGUUAGGUUUUCUCCUGUCGUGUGGGGGGGAGGGAACUUCCAUAAAUUUCGGAUAUGUGUGUGCUGCAAAGGGUCUUCUAAAAACCCUGACCCUAUUUAAGGAUGAUGGACAUGGAAAAUGUCACCCUAUUUAAGGCCCAAAGCCAAAAAAUGACACCCUAUUGAAGGGAAAAUCAAAUGCUAAGAAUAGCGUGCAUGGGCUGGCUUUAUUUCGUUUCUGGAACACUCUAAGUUAACCAAAGGUUCAGUUCUAACAGAUCAUUUGUAUUUUGUUUAGCUGGGCAUUUAUGCACUGCAAUUUUAGCUGAUACAACUUUGGUACCCUAUCUAAGGAUCACAUCUGGAACACAAUAUGCCAAGAGGGAUAAAAAUGAUACCCUAUUUAAGGAUCAAGAACCUCAAAAACCCUACCCUAUCCUGUGGCACAUAGCCCAUUUAUGGGAGUACNCCCCCCCCCACCCUUCCAGCUCCUGUCAUUUCAGUCUUCUGUAAAUCUUGCUCAGCUCCGUAGCAAGCAGACGUUUCAAGUCUGAAUUGCAGAAUUCAAAAUGUCACCAUGCAGUCAGGGUGAAAUGCGGCAGAGUUUGUCAUAUUGCAAAAUUUGCAAAUAGUAUUUCACUGUUCUUUUGUUGCUUAUUGUAUGUAAAAUUUCAGAUAUCAACAGAAAAACUUGUGGAUAUAAAGGAAAUCAAACUGAUUCAAUCUACCACUCUGGUUGUCUAAUUCAAGGAGAAGUUGAAUGCCAUUUGUCAUAAAUUUGUUUUUAAUCUUU